GGAGACUCCACGUUCCCUUUUCGCCAGCGGCGACCACAGCAGCAGCGCGCUCCGUUGCAGAUGUCCGGAACAGCAGGAGUCCGGGGGAGACCCGGGCUCGCGAUCCAGGCAUUUCCCUCUUCUGAUUUCUACAACUGCAUGAAACUUAUCCAGUAAGAUGCUCACUCUGGGACAAGAACAUUUGCUCUCUCUGGAUUGCCAUCUUUGGUGCUCUUCGGGGUUGUUGGACAUCCUGAUUCCAAGUGGCUUGUUUUUGUUUUCUGAGAUGAAUUUUGGAAAGAGAAAGCUGCGAAGCCCGUGAUGUGUAAAGGAUUGCAUGUUAUUUUUUUUAAAAAAAGAAGCUAUUUUUACUGAAGAGCAAAUGGUGAUUUUAGAUCCCUCAUCUCAUACCUGUUAAUGGACGAUUCAGUUAUAGUUGCUUUUCUCCAAGGGCUUGACCUGGAAGAGAAAAUGAAUCAGAGUUCCCGGCUCGCCGAAUCACCUCAGCUUUCUAAGAGUAGUCUCCUCAACAUCUUGGGCAGCCCUCAGCCUGAGAGAAUGAGCCUCUCUGAUUCUAUACCCCCCACCCCGAAGAGUGGCACACCCUCGCCUGGGCCUCCUCAGCUCCCCUUACUGGGCGCCAGUUGCCUCGAUGGCGACUGGGAAAGCCGUGAGGAACUGCGACUGCGUGAGCUGGAGGAGGCCCGAGCCAGAGCAGCCCAGAUGGAGAAGACUAUGCGAUGGUGGUCGGACUGCACCGCCAACUGGAGGGAGAAAUGGAGCAAGGUGCGCUCCGAGCGGAACAAGGCCCGAGACGAUGUGCGCCAGCUACGCCAGAAACUGGAGACCCUGACCAAGGAGCUCACGAGCCUCAAGCGGGAGAGGCAAGAAGUUUUGAAUGAGAAUGAGCAACUGAGCAAAGAAAUGGAACGACUGAAAGGCGAAGGCGAGGGGGAGAAGGAGAUGGACAACCGCAUGGCCUCCGAAAAAGAGAGCGAGGCCUCUCCAGAACAGGAGCCUGUUCGAGAUGUGAGCUCGGAAAAGCUGCCGAAAAACAAGUCGUUGCAGGAGUUUGAAUUGAUGGAGAACCUUCUGAAAAGCAAACAGGAAGGCUCUGAGUGCUGGGACCAACGGAGUCUUCUGGCCAGCUGGCCCUGGGCCUUCCUCUCUUCGUUCCGCCAAGAAAGGAACCGCUUUGCUGUGGAGGAUCGCCCUCAAGUCAUCGUGAGGGAAGAUGCCACCAAGAUCACCGCCCUCAAGUUGCGUCUGGAUGAAUCUCAGAAAGUGCUACUCAAGGAGCGGGAGGAUAAGUUGUCCCUCAGCAAGAACAUCGAGAAACUGGAAGGUGAACUGAGCCAGUGGAAGAUCAAAUUCGAGGAAUUGAACAAGAACAAACAGGAAGUGCUGAAACAGCUGAACAUUCUUAAAGAGAUCCACCAGGAUGAGCUGGGGCGCAUCUCGGAGGACCUGGAAGAUGAACUGGGAGCUCGAUCAAGUAUGGACAAGAAACUGGCCGAGCUGCGGUCAGAGAUGGAGCGUCUGCAGGCUGAGAAUGCAGCAGAGUGGGGGAAGCGAGAGCGCCUUGAGACAGAAAAGCUCAAUCUGGAACGAGAGAACAAGAAGCUGCGGGCCCAGAUCGAGGACCUGGAGGAGGUCUUGGCCCGCAAGAGGAGGCAGACGGACAGCGCCCUCGACACGGAUCUCAAGACCAUUCAGACUGAGCUCUUCGAGAAGAAUAAGGAGUUGGCUGACCUGAAACACAUCCAUGCCAAGCUGAAGAAACAGUACCAGGAGAAGACGGCUGAACUGGCCCAUGCCAACCGGCGCGUGGAGCAGCAUGAAGGCGAGGUGAAGAAGCUGCGCCUGCGUGUGGAAGAGCUCAAGAAGGAGCUGGCCCAGGCUGAGGAUGAGCUUGACGAGGCCCAUAACCAGACGCGGAAGCUGCAGCGGUCGCUCGACGAGCAGACGGAACAAAGUGAGAACCUCCAAGUUCAGCUGGAGCAUCUGCAGUCCAGGCUUCGUCGGCAGCAGAGCAUCCCCCUCUUUGGGAAGAUCCGUAGUUCACGUUUUGGCCCUGACAACCCUGGUGAUGGCACCAGUGACUUGGAUGAAGAUGAAGACCUGCAGAUCCAAGUUCCUUAGCAACUGCACAGCAGAGAGACCCUUUCAGCUGAGGAAGAGAGACCAGUGCUGGGGCAGGACAGUUACUUGAUUGCAGUGAUGGCUUUUUGACCUCAACAAGGAAAACUUUUCUUUUGAGGGGCAGCAAAUUUGGAGCUGUAGCAGAGGCUGAAAAAAAGGCACCUAGGCCCCAUAUUCUAGUCUGCAGCAAGACAACUUGGCGGCCGGGCCAAGAUGGAAUACUUCAAGCAAGAAGCUGUCAAACUUUGCCUAAUACCCCUUACUCACCAGUCCUGGGAUGCAUCCCUGGUGCAAGAGGGCAAAUUUCACAUGUUCACAAGCACUGGGAACUAUUUGGAUUUAGAUACCUAGUGUGGUAACCACAUCUGUGCUCACAUUCCUCUGUCAUUCUCCACCCAGACUUGUAUUAUUCACCCAGUGUAGUCUUUCCAUAGAAUCCAAAAAUAAUGCCACUUACCUCAGUUCAUACACUUUUGCAUUUAUGUUAGGGGUAGCCCAAGUGGAACCCUGCCCCUUCUCUCGCCUUGUCUUCUGGGAAGGAACACGGAUUCGAUAAGCAAAACCAAAGUGUACCAGGGAGGGAAUCAGACCCGUCCCUGGUGUCAUGAAAGCUUUUAAGACUGAUGCGUCGUUCACAAUGCUGUGGGCACUUCAGUUAUCAUUUUGACUCAGAAGAUGCAUCCAACCUCAACCCGUGUCAGUGAGAAAGUGGCCUGAGAAAGUGGCCUGCUUUCCAGUUUGAGCCCAGAUUCAUACUAGACUGCCUUAGUGUAAGGAAGAUAUCUUCCUUCUGCUGCCUCUUACUCAUACGCGAAAGGAAUUGUUGAUGUAGGUGCUACAUCCAUCUUUGAGACCACCUCAAUCUCAGUAGUGACCGUCACUAACAGCAAUAAGAUAUAGUUGACAAAGUGGCAAGGGAACAUUUUACAAAGCUGGAAGGAGCCCUGAGACUCCAGAUUCAGUGAAAACACAAACAGGCAUAGUGGAAGAGGAUAAUGCAAUAAUUGGGGAUGGAAAGUUAGCAAACUUCAAGCUAACAAAAUAGCAUCAAAAAUUUGGUGAUAAUACCCAAUGCUAGAAACCUCACUAAAAAGAGCCCAGCAUUGCAAGUACCCGUGCAUAGUGGGUAUACGAGAGGAGAGGCGAGAGGUGGACUUCCUCUGGAGUCAGUCCAGUCGAAGGUUCAGUUCCCAAGGCAGCCAUCCAGGCAGCAAAUAAUCAAAAAGUAACUUGAAGGCAAAGAACAAGUCUCAAGGGGACUUCACAGCAGGCAAGAACUGAAGUUGCUGCACAAACGCAGGUGGAAAUGCCUGAAGGCACCUUCUAUUAAGCCAUUAGUCUAUCAAGGUCUUGUCUACUGUAGCAGUUCCCCAGGGUCUCUGGUAGAGGUCUUUCACAUCAGCUCCCACCCAGUCUUUUUAAACUGGAGAUAUUGGUGUUGAACCCAGGUCCUUCGACAUGCCUGGAAGAUGCCUUGUCACCGAUGAAUAGGCCUACUCCGUGAUUGGGAGUGAGUAUAUUGUUGGAAUACAUUCUGGCUUUAGAAAAAGAAUAGUUUGGCUUUAUAUCCCCCCUUUCUCUCCUGUAGGAGACUCGAAGGGCAAUCUCCUUUCCCUUCCCCCCCCCUCACAACAAACACCCUGUGAGGUGGGUGGAGCUGAGAGAGCUUCGAAAAGCU